AUGGCUCAAUCUGGUGUCUCUGUCGCGCCCGAGUGCAUCCAAGCCUUCAACGAACUGAAGCUUGGAAAGGACAUCAAGUGGAUCAUUUACAAGAUCAGUGACGACUGGAAAGAGAUCGUUGUCGAGGAGACCUCCAAGGAGGCCAACUUCGAUGUUUUCCGUGAGAAGCUCCUAAAUGCAAAGAGCAAGGACCGCCGUGGCAAGGAGGGUAUUGGUGGCCGUUACGCUGUCUUCGAUGUCGAGUACGACCUUGAGAGUGGCGAGGGAAGCAGGAGCAAAAUCACGUUCAUCAGCUGGACGCCAGACGAUGCAUCGCAAUAUCCCCGCAUGAUGUACUCGUCCUCCAAGGAAGCCAUCAAGCGCGCUCUCAACGGCCUUGCUGCCGAUAUCCAAGCCAACGACGCCGACGAUAUCGAGUUUGAGAACAUCAAGAACCGUGUCUCCAAGGGCCGCUAA